AUGACCCUCACGUCCCUGCUCUCCGUGAUGGCGUCGAUGGCUACGACUGUGAUGGCGACGGGCCUCACCACCCCCUUUGUCCAGCCAAGUGGAUGUACCUCGGCCUUUGAGCUCACAACCAUCACGGCCAGCCCGCUGGGCACACCUAGGAGCGUCAAAGUACUGGCAUCCGAUGCCGCAGCCCCAGGGUUCUCCUCUUGCCAGCCCUCCGGAUGGGAUACAGGCGCCAGCGAUGACGAUCUGUUUACCUUCAGCCCUGCCGUUUGUCCGCAGGACUGGACGUAUUACGAAAUGUCGUCGACAAAGGACUACUCCGCGGCAUACUGCUGCGCCAGCGGUUUCACCUUCCGAGCUGAAGGGUACGUCCUACCGACAUCUGCUCUUAUGCCGGCGUGUGGGCGGACGAUCAACUCCGGGGAAACGACGAUCACCGCCCCACUGGCAUCGCGCACAGAUGCCACAGGCACUUUCACACAGGGAAUGAUUGUUCAUCGCGCAUGGCACGUCACAUGGGCUGGGUCGGACACGGCGACCAUGUCCCCCUCGUUGCCUCCAUUGACGUCGGGCAAGUACCUCGCCGUCUGGAAGCCCGGACAGGGGGGUCCCUGA